AUGGCAAUGAUUGCGAAAAUAGCCAAGUGGUCCCAGAGCACAGCAGGUGUGACUGUCAGGCUGCAGCUUCAGGAGGAUGGUUACGACCUCCCAUCACGUGAUGCCCUGGCACAGAUCCUAACAAAUUACCCCCACAGCAAACGAGAACAGCAGAGACCAGCUGAGAGGCUGCAGGCCAACAAGCUCAAAAGAGACCACACCUAUCACGUACAUCACCCACAUAAGCGACCCCCUCUGCAUGACUAUCAGGACGUCGCCUACAUGGCAGAGAUCACUGACCACCAAACUAAGGAGGUGGAAAACUAUCGUUCAGCCAUGAGCAAGAUGGCGGAUGACAUCAUAGCGCUGAGGACUCAGGUGCUGAAUUUGGAGGCAGAAAACAGCCAGCUCCACGCUGAUCUGUCUCUGCACCGGGACCUUGGACGAGACCUGCUGGAUGACACAGACAUCGACGUCAUGACCAAGGCUGAGAUUGCUGACCGUAUAGCCUCUCUGAAAUUCAAGCUGGCCAGUGAGACCAGUAAAGGUGCCUCGCAAAGAGACAGAAUCCAACAGCUGCAGAAUGACCUGAUCAAGAAGAAUGACAGUGAGAAGAUGCUGCUAAGACUUCAGAGAGAUCACCAGCAGCAGCAGGAGGAUCUGCAGCGGCGGCAGAGUCGCUUGGAAAAGAUGGCGACUUCGGAGGCCACGGUGAAACAUCAGGAAAAGAUCAUUGAGAAGAUAGAGAAAGCAUUGGACAGCAAACUCAGAGAAAAGAAUAAACAGACUGGUGACCAAAGGCUGGUGUUGAAAAAGCAAAGAGAUGAGACUGGCCACAGAAAGGAAGCGAGAGAGUCGGCCCUGGCAGCAGAAAAUACUCGUCUCAGAGAGGAGCUGGAGAGGAUUCAGCAGCCCGACCUGAUCAUCACACAACAGACAAAAGACACCCUGCCGCUCAAGGAGAGACUCAGUUUACUGAACAAACUGGAAGCAGCUGAGACAAGAGUCCAAACACUGGAGGCUCAGCUGGAGGAGAACUCUAAGUUAUGGGGGAGACAGAAACAAGAAAUGCUGACCAAACUGAGUGAGCACAGGCACGGCUUUGUCCGGACGUCCACCACAAUCCUUCAUAAUGUUCCUUCGGUCAGCUGA